AUGGAAGAGAAAACGAUAAAGCAUUACAGCUGCAAGCAUAAGAUACUGCUGGUGGGAGAGGGAGAUUUCUCAUUCUCACUGUGCUUGGCUAAGGCCUUCGGCUCUGCCUCUAACAUGGUCGCCACAUCCCUUGACUCUAAAGGUGAGUUGAUCAUGAACUACUACUCAAGAGACCUUGACAACUUGCUUGAGCUGGAGAAGCUGGGCUGCACCAUUCUACACAAUGUGGAUGCACAUACAAUGAACAAACAUCCUUCUCUAGGGGACCAGCUUUUUGAUCGAAUCGUCUUCAACUUUCCCCACGCCGGAUUCCUCUAUCGAGAGCACGAUUCCGUGCAAAUCGAGCUGCACAGGCAGGUGGUGAGAGGGUUUAUGAAGAGUAGUAGAGAAAUGGUGAGUGAAGGUGGAGAAAUUCACGUGACACACAAGACUUCACAUUCGUUCUGUGCAUGGAAAAUAGAGGAGAUAGCCGUGGAAGUUGGAUUGUGUUUGACUAAGGAAGUGCCAUUCUAUAAAUGGGAUUAUCAAGGUUACUCUAAUAAGAAAGGUUCUGGAAGUAACUGCAAUGAUACCUUCCCUGUUGGACAGUGCAGCACUUUCAUUUUCAUCAAACACCACCCUUCUAGCUGCCUCCUCCAGGAGAAGACUGAGAAUUAUUGUCUGCAGACCCAGGAUCUAGUCUCAUCAUGA